AACCAUUCGCUGCCCUGUCUUGCUCUAUUCGCCGCGGCUUUGGCAUGCCUUUGUCUCUAUCGGCGGUGGAAAAGAAUAUCACUCAAUCAACUUCCUGGACCUCAGCCACAAUCUUUUCUCCUGGGUAAUCUGGGCCAAUUCUACCAAGGAGAGGCUGCAGAGGCAGAUUUUGCCUGGCAGCAGAAAUUUGGACACGUACUGCGAAUUAAAGGCGCAAUCGGGGAAGAUUGCCUGUUCCUUUCUGACCCAAAGGCCAUACACCAUGUCCACCAUUCCGGAUACACUUACCAGAAACAAAAGAUGCGACGAGAGCUAGCGCGUCUAUUACUAGGGAAAGGGAUGCCUUGGGCAGAGGCGGAAGACCACAGACGCCAACGGAAGGUGAUGUCACCGGCUUUUGGCUCCGCAGAAACGAGGGCCCUGUUUCCCAUUAUCAUUGAAGCUGCGGAACUGUUAUGUUCAAAAUGGAAUCAACUCGACCCUCUACAAAAUCAGGGUUCUGCCGUUGUGGACGUGUACUCGUGGAUGUGUCGUACAACAAUAGAUACAAUCGGCCUGGCCGCCUUUGGGUACAGGUUUCAUGCGCUUGAAGAGAAAGACAAUGCCUUACGGCAAGCGUACGCGAGUACUUUUUCUAAGUCGUUUGGAAAUCCUUCCAAGUGGACCAUAUUCAAACAGAAUAUGCUCCAAUACCUCCCUGUCCCGGUAGUAUCUUUCAUCUUCAAUCAUUCCGCCUCGUUCGAUCAAGCGCGAGAAACGAAGCAUAUAGCCACCCAAGUAUCUGAAGAAUUGCUGCGAACGAAGUCUUCUGCGUUACGUAUCGGUAAUGGUGGUCGAGAUAUUCUGUCCCUUCUUGUUAAAGCGAACACGGAUCUCGAAGGUGGUCCAAAGCUCGACGAUGAAGAAAUGAUGGCCUCUAUGCAGGUCGUAAUCGCCGCAGGGCUAGAAACUACCGCUAGUACCCUUACGUGGACUUUGUUUGAACUCUCCCGGCAUCCUGAUGUACAAGCAAAGCUUCGAAAUGAAAUUCGAGGAAUGAUAACGGCAAAUGGAGGUAGCCAAUUUACUCCGGGAGCCCUUGAAGACAUGCCAUACACCCACGCUGAAUCCCUGCGAUUACAUCCUUCGAUCUAUUAUGUACUUCGACAGGCGGCCAAAGAUGAUAUCAUCCCUAUAUCUACUCCAAUUACCACUCGGUCCGGUCAAGUCAUCAAUGAGGUACCCGUGGCCAAGGGGACGUCUGUUUUUGUGUCUAUAGCCGGCUAUAAUAGAAACACGUCUAUAUUUGGUGAUGAUAGCCAUUCAUUCAUCCCCGAGCGGUGGCUCGAUGACUCGAUGGUGAAAACAGAUACUCCCUUGGGUCUGUAUGGAAACUUAAUGUCUUUUGGAUCUGGAGUAAGAUCUUGUAUGGGUUGGAGAUUCGCGUUGUUGGAAUACCAAACCAUUCUCAUUGAACUGAUCAAUAAUUUCAAUUUUUCGGUCGAUUCUUCCGUUGUACACAAGAUAAGGAGGGAAGGAGGGACAUUGAUCAUGUCUCCAACUGUGGAUGGGAUUGUUCAACUGCCUCUGCGUAUCUCCGCGGCGAAAUAGGUUCGGAUCAAGCCCCUCACGUGCCGUCGAGCCGGCUUCUUACAUGAGGGGCUUGCUUCAAAGUCCGGAAAUAUAUCAAGACGUUCAUCGAUGUUUCCUGCGCUGGCAACACAACUUGACAAUUAGAUAGAGCGGAGUAAGAUGUAGCUAAUAAUCCAAUACAUUGCAUAGGUU